AAUAACCUAUGUUCCGCUUUCAUUUGUCUAGAAAAAUCGUGCAAAUCAAGAAGACACUGUAACGCAGUGCAAAGAUGUCAUCUGGAAGAGUGGCUAAUGGCUCCGUCAGUUCUCCGAAACGUUUAGAUUUGCAGGCUGGUCAGACAAGCUGGACAGACGACCUGCCUGUGUGUCACCACUCUGGUGUGGGCUUCUCGACCAACCAGAUCUACCGGGAGGAUGGAAACAGACGAGAAGAGCAUGAGUUCGAGGACAGGAACUUCCACUUUUGCCAGGACAAUGUGUACCUGUAUGGUGUGUUUGACGGCCAUGACAGUGCCCACGCCUCCAACUUUGCGGCCCAGAGACUGCCUGCAGAACUUCUGCUGGGACAACUGGCCGGCAAAACUUCUGACGAGGAGGUCAAGGAAGUCCUUUAUCAGGCUUUUGUAGCAGUAGAGAAGAGUUUCUUUGAGUCCAUAGAUGAGCAGCUAGCAGCCAGGACAACGCUUCAGCUCCAGUUGCCGGAGGGUAUUAGCUACCAUGAGGCCUGUCAGACAUACCCAGACAUUAUGAACAAGCUGCAUACCCUGGAUUCCGAGAUUUCAGGGGGCACUACAGCCACAGUCGUGCUGAUUUACAACAACAAACUCUAUGUAGCCAAUGUGGGUGACACGAGGGCGCUGCUUGUACGUACUGAUGUAGAUGGCAUCAUGAGUGUAAACCAGCUGACUGUCGACCACACAAUAGAAUCUGACCAGGAGCAGAAUCGACUGCGAACCCUCGGGCUGGAUGUGGACAGGCUUUUCACAAUGAAGAAAAUUGGCUCCUCUGAUUGUACCAGGUGUAUUGGAAACUUCCACAACAAGGGUGGCUACAAGGAUGUGGACAUCUUAAGUCCAGCUGUACAGGAACCAGUUAUAGCAGAGCCACAUGUUACCGGUGGUUUUCCUGUGGAUAGCUCCACCAGCUUUCUCAUCAUUAUGUCUGACGGGCUUUACCAUGCUUUACAAGAUGCUACGGAGACUGCCACUGAGAACACGGAGGUGUCAUCCAUGGUCGCCCAGGAGUUCAAUAACCAAUCCACCCUGAAUGGCGUGGCACAGGCUUGUGUGGAUAAGGUUGUACGGAUUCACCAUGACACUUUUAUGGUGGGCAAUGGAGAUGUGAAAGCAAAGUGCCAUAAGAGGGGGGAUAUUACACUUCUUGUAAGAAACUUUAACCUUAAACUUGCAAAUUCUAUUGGUACUCCAACAGGAGCAAACAGAUUUCUACCAGUGUCUGUUCCUUACUACCCUUCCGGACCAAGACCAAGUGUUCCACCAUCUAUUUCUCUGCCAGAUUCUUCCCCAGUCAACUUCAGCAGUGAUAACACCUCACAGGACGAGGCUACAACCCCUGUCGCCUCUGGUCAAAGUCCCCCUCACACUCUUGCUGGACCAAGUCCCGCAAUGGACUUACUUGACACUAACCGUGAUCAGACCAGAGACUCCCAAGCUAGCACAAGCACCUAUAGCACCAACUCAACUCAGAGUAGCGAAGAAACCAGAUUUCGUAGUAGGUUUUACAAACAUGAAAAAUUAGAACUUGAUGAAAAUGGCAAAGUUGCAGCCUAUGUUGAUUUUUCAGACUUUUAUCGUGCCAUCGAGGCCAUGACUGACUCUCAGCGUGAAACAUUGAACAACGAAACAAAACCGAAGUCUGGGUAUGAGACAAUCGCAGAAGAACCGUCAUCAUCGUCAGCCACAAGUCCAGUGACAUCCCAGCCCUCCCCCAGUACUUCAGCAUCAACAUCAGAGUUGACAUAGUUUUGUGAAGUACUUAUAGUACUUGUGAACUGCUAUAAAUGUAGAAUGUUAACAUUAAGCAAGGUCCUUUCUUUGCCAAAACGUUAUUUGUGACAACACUAAUGACUAUCUUAAAAUCAGUUAUGGUAAUUAAUAUUUUCUUGGGUAUUAAAUAUAAAGCCCAAUAGAUUUACGGAGAAACCUUUGCUAAAUUUAAAGAAACAAAAGUAAUUGUUUAAAAAAAACUGUAUCUGUGAAACAUAUGGUGUAUAAUACUUUUUAAAGGUUGCAUAGAACUUCUA